AUGAGUAGUAGUGGGUCUAUUGCAUUACUGAGACUUACAGCUGAUCUUAAGACAAUGCUUACAGAUCCACCAGUUGGUAUUUCAAGUGGACCAAUUGAUGAAAGUAAUUUAUAUUUUUGGCAAGCAACUAUUGCAGGACCGGAGAAUUCACCAUUUGAAGGAGGGUUAUUUGAAUUAAGACUAACAUUUUCAGAUGAAUAUCCAAUUAAACCACCACAUGUAAAGUUUAUAUCUGAGAUGUUUCAUCCAAAUGUAUUCAAAGAUGGAAGAAUUUGUUUAGACAUUUUACAAGAUAAAUGGUCAAGCGUUUAUUCAGUGUCUACUAUUUUAUUAGCUAUUCAAAGUUUAUUAACAGAUCCAAAUCCAAACAGUCCUGCUAAUCCUCAAGCAUCUGCACUUUAUACAAGUAAUAGAAAAGAAUAUAACAAACUUGUUCGUGCAUGUGCAGAACGUUCAUUAGAAUGCAAUUAA